AUGGGUCAAUAAGCUUGCAAAAAUAGAAGAGAUCAACUAGCACUUGAAUAAUCAUCAAGAAAUGCAACAAUUCAAUAGGAAGCUCUUGAUAAAAACAUCAUGGAGUAUAGGUACCUAGGUAAUACUGGUAUCAAGGUGUCAAUCGUUUCUUUUGGAAAUAUGGUUAAUCACUAUGGAGAGAAUGCUUAAGAGAAUAGUGAUUAGAUCGUUGCUAAAUGCCUUGAGUUUGGAAUCAAUUUCUUUGACACUGCUGAAAGCUAUGGAGGAGGUAAAUCAGAGGAAUUACUUGGUCAAAGUUUUAAGAAUCUUAAUACCAACAGAAAGGAUAUAGUAGUCACUACAAAGCUUUUCUUUGGAGAUGGUGGAUUAGGAAGAGCUGUGGGUCCAAAUAACAGAGGAUUAUCAAGAAAGAAGGUUAUUGAAGGUACAAAAGCAUCAUUGAAGAGAAUGCAAAUGGAUUACGUUGAUAUCAUUUUCGCUCAUAGAUAUGAUCAUCAGACACCUCUCGAAGAAACCUGCAAGGCAUUCUCAUGGAUAAUUGAUCACAAUUAUGCACUUUAUUGGGGUACAUCUGAGUGGUCUGCUGAUCAAAUCUCUGAAGCCAUUCAAUUAUGUGAUAAGCUUGGACUUCAUGCUCCUGUAGUUGAACAGCCAAACUAUAACAUGCUUGUUAGAGAGAAAUUUGAAAAGGAAUAUGGUCCAAUCUUUGACAGAUUCCAGUAUGGAUCUACUGUUUGGUCCCCACUAGCAAUGGGUAUUCUUUCAGGGAGAUACAAUAACGGAAUUCCCCCUGAAGAUAGUAGGUUUGUUACUGAUCCAACCUACAAGGAUUUCGCUCUCAAUAUGUUCUUCUCUCCAGACAAGAAAGAGAAGAGCAUCGCAACCCUUAAGAAGUUGAAAGUCUUUGCUGAUUCAAUUGGAUAUACUUAGCCUUAACUAGCUUUGGCUUGGGCCUUGGCAAAUUAAGACGUGAGUACCUUGAUCUUAGGAUUUUCUAAGUUAUCAUACGUAGAUGAAAAUCUAAGAGCCAUUGAACUCUAUAAGAAAUGGGAUAGAGAAAUUGAAGGAAAAGUUGAGGCCAUUUUAGCCAAUUCACCCUUUGCAGGAAUGGACUACAAAACCUUCUCUCCCCUUCCACCUAGAAGGCAAGUUCAACUAAAGGUAUCAAAAUGA